CCCAGUCUCUCACCUACAAGAUUUGUUUUUGUUUUGUUACUAAUAAUUACGCUCUGGACAAAUCAGGACAAAUUCAAGCCCUCUGUGUAGGUCGCUCGACCUGAGACGGUGUCCGACGGCUGUUGGCGCUUUCAAAGCGUCCCACACAUGGACAAGAGGCGGCACUAUACUCCUUUUCCGGACGGGAUUAGGACGAAAGAUGGAAUUCAACCGAUUUAACUUGUUGAAUGUUCGAUGGACUUCUUCGUUCGACAACUGAAUUUCUUGUCCACCAGACAAGGAGGGGUCUGAUCCUGGACACAAAAUGCAGCCAAAGGAAUUUCGUGGCUCUGAUGUGUCCGCGCAGUGGCUUCAAGGGAACGGCCAGACAUCCCCAAUCCGUCCCAUAACGCACGAGAAAAUGGAUCCUUUAGGCAAGCGUCCAGCGAAAAUAUCUGAAUGAAGGGGCCAAAGAUGAUGGACGUGGCAUCAGUGAUAUUCCUCCUGCUCCUGACUAUUUACCCAGUCUGGGCUACAUUCCAGUUCGAAAAUCUUCAAAUAAGCAGCUGGAAGCUCGAGAUGGGCGCUAAUGCCGAAGAAACAAUAAUCCAAAUUUGCCGACACAACGCCUCUCGGAAUGCAAAUAUUUGCUAUAACAAGGAAGAAUUGCACUUGAAAUGCGGCUGCAGCGUCAAUUCUUUCACCGAGAACAACGUCGACUUGGACUGUCUGAAUGCUCCUGCUGACUGCCCUGAUCUGAGGCUCACCUUCCAGCUAGGCAAGGGGAACGUCACUGAAAUUGCCUACAACUCCGGCCACACCGCGAAAAUUUCUUGGUUCCUGGUGCCAUUCGUCGCAAUUUUGUUCCUCAUGUAAAUAUUGUGAUACAUGGACUGGAAUAAUGCAUAAAAUUGGCCAUUUUCUAUUUUUUCUAUUUAUUUCGAGCGAGCACUGUUCUACUUAAUUAGCUUUAGCGUCUUCCACGCCCUGAAAUGUAUUUUUCCAAUCACUCACUGCCACGUGACACUCCAAAUGGUCUCACAUCCACCGCCCCCCAAGCUUUCGCUGGCUCGGACCAGCAGACGGUUUCCUGAUCUCUUCUUCCAGUUGCCAGACAGUCAGAAAUUGACGUUUUAUUUUUAAAGUCACGUUCGCGCUAACUUCAACUUCAGCACCUAUACCUUUUCUAUUAAUGGCCAGUUUCGUGAUUCAAAUUCCAUUCCUCUCAUCCUCUCAAGUGAUUGUAGAUAUUUUU